AUGCGUCUCGAGCAAGACACGGGCAAACUGGGAAUCUUGCUUGGAAUCUUAGAUAUGGCACCUCACGACAUGGCCCCCUCCUGCGGCGGCGGCGGCGGCGGCGGCCGGGGUAGCAGUGGCGGCAGCGGCGGCGGCAGCCCCAUGUCUCUGGACCACUCGCUCCGAGAGGUGCCGGAUCCCCAACCGACGAAAGCGGCCGUCGAGGAGCCGGCGGUGGUUCGUCCCGCCGCCGUCGCGGACGACAAGGCGGGCGAGACGACGAUGACGGCGGGCGAGAGGCGGCGCUCUCGGGCCCUCAAGCUGAGGCAAACGAGAUCUCGCAAUGCUGUGAGGAUCCAGCAGCAGGUGUACACCAGCGCGGAGGACUCGGAAGACGAGGAGGAGGAAGAGGAGGACGUGAAGCCAGAUCUUGCCAUGCUGCAAGCAGAGGCGCUUCUGGCGCCGGGCGUGGACAAGCAGGCGUGGAAGAAGCAGCAGCGGAUGAUCCGAAACAGGGAGUCGGCGGCGCUCUCGCGCAAGAGAAAGCGGGAUAAGAUCGAGUCGUUGGAAGAGCAGGUUGCCAGGCUCGCGGAAGAAAACAGGGGGCUCCGACACCGUCUCGCCAAGUACGAGGCCUCUCCCCAGCAGGCGAGGUACAAGUACGCCAGGCAGACGGCGACGACGCCUCGCUCUGGAGCGCCAAGGGCAACACCGUCGGGGGGAGGCAGGAACGGCAGCAGUGGCAACAACGAGGGUCCGGCGGCGGGACCGGCAGCGGGAAGAAGUCGAGUGUCUGGGGGGGCAGCGGCGGCGGCGUUCGGCGGGCGCGACAGGAACAGCGGCGGCGGCGGCGGUAGCAGGUUCACCGGUGGUGGCGUCAACUGUGGCAAACCAGUUCCCCUGAAGCACCUGCCGAACGUCGUGAAGAUGGAGGUGACGUCGGACUGCGACGAGGGGCGAGACGGAGUGGUCGUCCCCUCGCCAGCCGCUGCUGUUGUCGGGGAGAGCGGGUACUCUUCCUCGUCUACUCUGGGCGACAGCGCACGCUUUGCCGUCGGUGGCCCUCACCAGCAGCAGGCCGUCGAGUUCGACAGGGACGACGACGCCGCUUGCGACAGCUUGCUGAUGGACAUCCUCUCCGGCGGCGACGGGCAGCAGGGCGACGGCAACGAAGACGACGGGUUUUUGUCGCUCCUCUCGGACGACGACAUGAUGAUCGUUAAUCCGGCUUCCGAAGGCCUCAACGUAGGCUUCGUCAAGCGGGAAAACAGUAGUAUUAGCAAUUGUGUGAUGUGAGUGUUUCCUGUUUCAAUCGCGUCUGGGUGUUGUUUUUUGUUUCUUACGUACUUGCAUGGUACAUAUGUAGCUUUCCUCGCGGUGUAGAAAGUUUUGUCUCGUCUGGUUCCGACUGUUUCUUUUUUUUUUCGUCAUGUUUUGGUAAAGAGAGGAUGUACACAACGGUCUUUUUCUGAGGAGUUCUUCCUGUUGCGUUGCCAGCGUGUCCAUUGGCCCGCUCGCUUCUCGCAAGAGGCCGAGUCACGAUCUGAUGUAGAUUGUAUGCAUACGAACGUUGUCCCUGUUCUGUAGUAAGUAGUUGCGGUUGCAGAGUCUAGGGGAGUUGCGAUUUCGAGAGGGCAUGGGUACAAUUGUCGAAAGGGUAACAGCGGUAGCGAUUGUGUAGGCAUGAAGCAGGAGAAACACUGCUGUGGCGGUUG